AACUAUUAGCUUCUUACCAAUUCAUCAUGAGAAACCUCAGCUUUGUUUUUCUUCUGGCUGUCUUCGUAUUGGAAACCAACGGAAAAUGCAGCAAUUAUGUGCUUUUGAAUUAUUACCCUACUUGUGGAAUAGCCGCAGAUUGCUACUUUUAUGGCGAUAACUAUUCUGUGGUCGACAAUCAGAAUUGCAGACGUAAAGAAAAAGGACUUCCACCCUUCUUGGAAACAAAAGACGGAGAAUGCCCUACAGAUAAACCCAGGUGUACAUAUAUAAAGAACUAAUUUCAAGCGAAAAGUACAUUAUAACAUCCAAUAAAAGAGCUUGAAGCUAAAUUGUA